AUGUUGAUGGCUCAGCAAGCAGCAAUGGCAGCGGCUGCCCCAACUGUGCACAUAGAUCGAGUGGUCCAUUCUGUGACAGAUGCGACAAAACGGCUUUCGCAGAUUUCUUCAAGUACUACAAACACGACAACACAGUCAUCAAAACGGCGUUCCAGAGAUACGAUUGGCCCGUGGAAGCUUGGCAAGACACUCGGGAAGGGUUCCAGCGGCAGAGUACGGCUGGCAAAAAACAUAGACACCGGAAAACUCGCUGCCGUGAAAAUUGUACCCAAGACUCGAGCAGCCAGGCAAAAUGGCGGCGGGGCAUCGCCAUACGGAAUCGAACGUGAAAUCAUCAUUAUGAAGCUAAUUUCACAUCCCAAUGUAAUGGGACUGUACGAAGUAUGGGAGAACAAGUUUGAGCUGUUCUUGGUGCUUGAAUACGUUGAUGGAGGCGAAUUAUUCGAUUUUCUCGUUUCGCGCGGCAGACUACCUGAAAAAGAGGCAAUUCACUAUUUCAGACAAAUUGUAGAAGGAACAGCGUACUGUCACGGCUUUAACAUUGCUCAUCGCGAUUUGAAGCCUGAAAACUUGCUGCUAGACAAGAAAAACAAACGCAUCAAAAUCGCAGACUUUGGGAUGGCCGCAUUACAAACCUCAAACAAGCUUUUGGAAACGUCAUGCGGAUCUCCACACUACGCGUCACCCGAGAUUGUGAUCGGUAAAGCUUACAACGGUGGUCCCAGUGACGUGUGGUCGUGUGGGAUCAUUCUAUUUGCGCUGUUGACCGGACAUCUGCCCUUCAACGACGAUAACAUCAAACGCUUGUUACUCAAAGUUCAGUCUGGUAAGUUCCAGAUGCCACAGUCCAUAUCGGAUGAGGCCAAAGAUCUGCUAUCGAGAAUUUUGGUGGUGGAUCCUGCAAAGAGACUAACCAUCAACGAGAUUUUAUUCCACCCUUUGCUUGCAAAAUAUAGCAGUAAGCGUACCAAGUCAAGUUCAGAUCUCCGCAUUCUAGAUCGGCCAUUACCACAAGUCGUUGCCCUCAACAGCGAAAAGGACGUGGACCCUACCAUUUUGCAAAACUUGCAAAUAUUGUGGCACAGUGCUCCAAAAGCGCUUAUUUUGAAAAGACUGAUGGACCCCAACCCCAACGAAGAGAAAACUUUUUAUGCCCUUCUAAUGGCGUAUCAGCAAAGACAAUUAAACAACCACAAUGAGGCACCCGCAAUCAGUGCGCCAAAAAUAAUGCAGAGAUCUCAAUUUAGUGUUCCUUCCAUCAAAUCACAGACAUCUCCAAGAAAGGCACAUAUUGCUUCUUCCUCUCGCGUUUUCAAGUCAGCGUCAAAACAGAAAAUGAAGGCUUCAACUUCCAAAAAGUCGUUGCAUUCUUCUACGUCAAAAAAAUCUCUUGAUAGGAUCCCAAAUUCAGCGUCACGCAAGUCGAUGAAAAGUAACUCAGCAAAAACUUCGGUGCCUCCCCUUCCUUCAAGACAAUCAUUGUAUUCGCUCAAUUCAAUUUCCAAGAGGUCGGUCAACUUAAAGGAUCAUUUGCAUGAGAAGGAAGUGCCUCCAAUGCCUCUUCAGUCGGAAUUUGAAACUCUUUGCGAGGAAAUCUUAUUUGGCGAUAAGAUUCAUGAAACAAUUCAAGAAGAGGACACCAGUGACACGCUGGACACUGCCCGUGAUAACUCUAGCCGAACCUCAACAGAGGACGAUAGAAAUAAAUCAGAUGAAAAAGAGAAUAGCCUAUCGCAGGACGAAAAGAGAGCUGCUCUCCCACCGGUGUCUAAAAUGAAACACACUCAUUCCAGCCGCAAUCUUAGAAUCACCUCUGCCCCAUCUGGUCAGCAGAAUAACGAAUUUUCACUGGAUCCUCGAAGAAACGUGUCACAACCAAACUCGAUCGAGAUGUUACUCAACAAAUACAAUAUUCGUGCCCGUCUUAAAUCUAAGACUGACUUGAAAAAUCUGAGGAACAGUGGAAAUUGGCAACAUGCUGCGCUCGAUCUUUCAAAGCCUUCAGACUCGCCUGAUACGACCGGUACCGAAAGUAAGCGUACGGUGCGCCCCACUGUGGCACCGUCUGAUGAUUCAUCCGCUGUAUUAGCUCAAUCGACGACAUUGAGACCGAAGCAAAAUCAGGAUGGUCUUUCGGCCGGUCCACAGCAAUCGCGGAACGUUUCAGGAGGUUACAGGACAUCCGCAUCGUCGCCCUCUACAACAUUUAGUAGCUCUGCGACUCUCAAAAACCUCAAACAAUUUCUGCCAGGAAAAGAUGAUUCUGCAGCCGAUGAGUCUAUCAUCCAUCAUCCUAUUAGGGGCUCAAUGAAAUCAGAAAACGUCCGCGCUUCGGCCAAGCCCUCUUCCAAUAACUCUGCGCUUGCAGCAAACCUUUCUGGACAAAGUGUAUUACGCAAGUCAAGCAAGGCUAGCAAUUUUGAUGGCCGCUCUGAUAUACUCUCAGACAUGUCCUUUGCAAUGGAUAUUCCUCUGAAUACUUUUACGGCACAGGCUUUUCGUAUCUCUGCUGAACGUUCCCCAGAAAAUGACGACAAUCGCGAGAAACCUAUUUUGCAUCAAGGAGACGUGGCAGAAGAGGAUGAGAUUAAUAUUUUCGAAGAUGCGACUUGUGAUUCGGCCUCCAUGGCAACAAGCUCUUCGGGACUCGAUUCGCAACCGCAUGUGCAUAGAAAAGCAACAUCAAUUGAUACUCUCAACGCAACGAGCGUCUUGGCGCCUAACACUGAUGUAAGAGUUUCCCUCUACACCAACAAUUUGACCUCUUCGGCAAAACUUCCCAGAGAAACCACCGAAGAGAUCCUCUCCAAAUUCAAAUUGUCGCCACAAAAGGACUUAGUAGCACCACAGAAGAGAUUCUCGUACCAAAAGUCUAGGAAUUCGAUCUCCCAAAGUGUAAUGUCAAUGUUCAAGGACCUUGAUGGUGAAUAUGAUGGUACAUUUAACGGUGAGUACCAAGGUGAAGAAUUGGCUGGCUUUGAUGGAAACCGUCAGCAAAAUGAGCUACCCAGAGAUGCAUCUGGAAGUCUCAACGAUGCAGUUUUGGAAAAAGAACCGACUGCCAACAAAAGAGUCACUAUGUUAUUUGACGAUGAAGCCGGCAAUGUCUUUAAGUCUUCUCUUUUGAAAGCGGAAAGAACUGGUACUACGCCCCACGGGCCUUCGCACGCACCUGUCUCAACUCCCGGUGCACCUAUCACUUUCGGUAACAGCAAACUUGAUCCGGUGGCAGAAAGUAUUCCUAGGGAAGCUCAAGACAUCAAGAAACCUUUGCGCCCUGCUCCUCCACCCCCAGUAAAGCAAACUUGGUUCGGAAAAUUAUUCCGUUCUUUGACUUUGAAGCCUUCGAAUAAAGAAGAGCUUGUUAAAGACCAGUCAACGACGCUCUCAUUUGAGGAAGUUCAACUUGUUAUGCUGAAAGAGUUCGCCAAAAAUUCGAUUGAUUACACGCUCAAACGUCUCGAUAAGCGGAAAGGUAAUUGUCGUGCCGAUUAUAGCUGUCAAUUUCAUCAGGGACAGUAUCGAUUCAAGAUUCGCGUUGAUGGGACGCGAGCAGGCUCGAAGAUACUCAUUAAGAAGAAGGGUCAACAGGAUCAAGUCGUUUUCGAAAAGUUCAAUAAUGAUAUUUCUAGCGUUCUCAGGUUAGCAGAACGCACAUAA